AUGGUCCUCCACAACCCGAACAACUGGCAUUGGGUCAACAAAGAUGUCUCGGCCUGGACACAAGAAUACCUGACGAAAGACCUCGUUGGUCUCUCUGCGACCGAAGGGGAUGUUCACGUCGAAAUCAACAAGGUCCUCAGCAUGGAAGGCGAUGUAGAUGUCUCGCAGCGCAAGGGCAAGGUCAUUACCAUUUUUGAUGUGCGGCUACAACUUGAGUGGACGGGUAGCGUGCCUGUCAAGGAAAAGCACGAGAACGAUGAUGGAACGGAGGAGGAGCGAGAUGGGAAGCAGGACGUUAGCGGAACAAUUACUAUCCCAGAGGUCGCGCAUGAUACGGACCAUGAUGAGUUUGUGUUCGACAUCGAGAUACACUCUGCAACGAUAGCGAAGGAACCCGCGAAAGACCUCGUCCGCAAAUCUAUCACCCCUGAGCUUCGCACCCGUCUCCGUAAGAUCGGGCCAGCACUGAUCACGGAGCAUGGCAAAGACAUUCAACACGCGCCCGGUACCAACCCCUCAGCGAGCUUCACUCCCGUACGAACCCUCCAAAACUCCGGCGUCAAUAAGGGCUCUAGCACUACAACAAGCACAGUAACAGGCGAGGCGAACGGAAAGAAGAUCAACACAACAUCCCUCUCGGAUACACAGGAAUUCCGCACCACAGCCGAGCAGCUCUUCGAAACAUUCACCUCCCAAGACCGGAUAAGUGCAUUUACUCGCGGAGUUCCCAAGCGAUUCGAUGGUGCGAAAGAGGGGGGCAAGUUUGAGAUAUUUGGAGGAAAUGUUAGUGGAGAGUACACGAGGCUGGAGAAGCCCACGUUAGUGGAGCAGAAGUGGAGAUUGGCACAGUGGCCCGCGGGACAUUUCAGUACGUUGAGCAUUCGUUUCGAGCAGAACGAUGUCGAUGCUGUUACUGUCAUGCGCGUCAGCUGGGAUGGAGUGCCCGUGGGUCAGGAGGAGAGCACCAAAAAGAACUGGGACGAGUAUUACGUGAGGAGCAUAAAGCAGACAUUUGGGUUUGGUACUAUUCUGUGA